AUGAAGAUGAUCCUGGUCCUGGUCCUGGUCCUCUCCUGUGUCCUCGGUGUCUCAGCUGAUGGUGAGUUUGUGACUCAUUUUAAACCAGAACAUAAGAACACACACACACACACACACACACACACACACACACACACUAACAGGUUCUCUGUUUUCUCCUCAGACCUUCAUGAGGACUUUCGUCUUGUUGGUUGUACUCAGACCUUUGCUGAGGACAUGUACGGUCUGGAUGGUGAAGAGCUGGCCUUCGCAGACUUUGAAGCAGGAAACUUGGUUAACCCUCAGCCUGACUUUGUGAUUAAGGUAGAGUACGGAACAGGAGCUUAUCGAAGUGCUGUGGCUAACAGAGAGGUCUGCAAACACAACCUGGAACUCUCUCGUGAAGCCUUCAAAGACUACAAACCAAAGCGAGGUAAACACACACACACACACACACACACAGACAGACACACACUUCUGUCAGAAAUACGUCAGAAUCCUCUUUUUAACGUAGACGGAGCACCGUGCAUGCCACCCCACAGCGGGGCGCGCUUCCAGUUUACCUUUAAUUGACGGGCGGCACCUCGCCACUAUUAAGUGCAGCCGUAGCUCGCGCGCUACCUUGUCUGCUUCCCGACCUGUGUGGCGUGGUGCAGCGCGUGGUGGAGCUGGUGUGAGGUGAGUGGUCUGUUGGUGUGUCGGCCAUGGCGUGUGGAAGGCUGCUGGUGGCGUGGGGCCGGGUUGCUCUGCCGGGAGUUCUCUGGUGCGUGGCUGUGUUGUGUUUUUUAUAGCCGUGCGGUAUAUGUUGCGACAUGAAAAAAUAGAGGAAUUCUCACCAGAUGAUCUGAAUCUGACUUUCUGCUGAGAUCUUGAGGACAGUUAACCUGCACUGAUCUUACCUCUUUUAGUGAAUGUUAGUAGAAUGGCUUCUGUCUGUCUCAGAGAUGUUUUGAGCUUUUAUUGUGCUGGGACUCGUUAUCUCUCCUUGAUGAAAGGCACUGCCGACACAGAACAGGUGCUUAGUGACGUCAUCGUUCUUGAAACAGAAAUAAUUCCAAAAAGUGACGUUGAUUUUUCUUUUUGUCAACAAGCAUUGAUCUUCAAAGGUGAGUGACGUGUCUUUUCUUUGUGCUAACGAGUCUUCAUCUUCGGCUGUUUUCUUUGGUUCGUUUCUCAUUUUGAAAUCGUUGAUGUUGUGCUGAGAAACACGUGCCCACUCACUCCAUGUGCAGGGGCGUGGUUUCCUCAGCUCUGAUUUUGAUUGAUGGCUGGCAGGGUAGACUGAUUGGCGACUGAGUACAGAAAGAAUGUGAUUGGUGGAUCACUGCACAGCUCAUGGAGAGUCACAUUCAGUGUCUCUCAAUCAGCUAUCCUUGAAAUUAGAUGAGUUCACUCACCUUCGACAUCCAGGCACUGCAGUGUCACUAUGGCGCGCACGUACAUCGUGAUGACGAUGCUCAAACGAUAUAUCGUGCAGCCAUAGUGCUUACUGUCUCUCCUUUCGUGCAUUCAAUGCGCUAAUUUGCGUCAUGGUCUUCAUCUCGGUGCAGCUGCUGGUGGCGUGGGGUCGGGUCGCCCUGCCGGAAACUGGAAACCUUUCCGGGUGCAGCGGUGUCUCCAGCCGCCCUACUCCACGCUGUCUUUGGCCUCCUACGCUGCUGAGCUACUCUAAAUAAACCACAUUCGUCGUAAAACAUACAGGAUCUGUAUUGAGCACGUUGUUCCAUAUUUGCGCCGUAGAGCAGUAUUUGGUAUCACAAACAGGAUGUGUAUUUGGAGCGUAGCAGCAGCGUAGUUCGGCCCCGGUCAGCUGGGCUCAGUAUAGAGGAAACAACACGCUCACAACAGGUUGUUUUUCCAUUCUGUGGUCGACUUCCUGAUAAUUCUGAUAUAAUUCAGUGACUGUCUGUGAAAAAGCUUGAAGUGAUUUUCCAGUUUGUGUUUUUUCAGGUUUAUUCAUGUUUAAUAAAGUAAACUCUGUUCCUUUCUGCUGUUUCCUUCAGACAGAGUUAGCAGGUCAAAGUCCUGUUGGGGUCCACAUGGAUCAGGGAUCGACCAUCAGAUUGUUCUGUGUUACUGAUAAAUCCAAUCUACACCAACUGAUACACAGUCAGGAGUUCACAGAUGGGGUUUUAUUUUGAAAUACUGAAUAACAUGCACGUUUUUCGUGCUUGACUUCCUGUCUAGGACGAUGUUCUCUGUGUGGAUUGACGCACGUUGGAAACGCAGAGCAGCAAAAAUGGACUGACUGCGUAUCUUUAGCAGAGCGUCCUGUACGCUUUACUGUAUUGACUAGAAUGGAAACCUGUUUGCUGCGUGACAUGAGACGCUGCUGCCAUGCUCCAGAUACACAUCCUGGAGGUUUUAGCCUUUAGAGUUUCCUGAAGAGCGCUGCUGUUCCGGCUCUGCUUCACGUUCUAGGAUUGAGUGUUCCAAUUGUUGUUGUUGUUGUUGUUGUUGUUGUUAGGGAUGUUAGGGAUAUCGGCCGAUUUGGGGGGAAAUUACGUCAUUUUUUAUCGAUCCGAUAGGUGCAUUUUUCCGAUAGAAAGAUCCGAUAUAUUAAUGAAAUUACGAGUAACGUUUGCAGGCAGAGUAGCUGCCCAUCCGAGACGCGCUGGUUACGUCAUCUAUCGCGCCUUACUCGCAGGUCCCAAGCCUGACCCCGUCACUACCUGACAGAUAAUAAAAUGUCUUCACCAGCAUGGUCAUUUUUCUCAGUGGCAGAAGAUGACAACAGCAUUGCUAUUUGCAAAACCUGUUCAGCGAGGAUUCCGAGAGGAGGAAAGAAGACGUCAAGUUUUAACACAACGAAUCUGAUAGCUCAUCUGAAAAGUCGCCAUCGCAGUAUUUAAAGAAUAUGAGACAGCCGCCGAAGCUGCUAGCGGUGCUAAAGCUAAGACAACAACACUACGGAGGAUCGAUGUCCCCAUUCAGCAGGCAUUUGAAAACUGCAAAAGCCUCUCAAGAGACAGCGAAAAGGCUAAAGCCAUUAACGACAAAGUGAUGGAGUUCAUAGCGGUCGACGACCACGGAAAUACCUGUCCUCUCCUUGCACGAGCAUAGACAGUGAGGGUUUGUUUUCUGCUGCUGCCAAUGUUAUUGAUGAAAAAAGAAACAGAGUUGGAUGUGAGAAGGCAGAGAUGCUUCUUUUUGUUAAGAAAAAUCUCCCACUGAUGCCCUCACCUAGAAAGUAGAAAAGACAAUGUAGACAUUGACAGUGAGGGUGAAAAAAUAGUUUGGGGGGAAGUUAAGAAAUGUUGAAGGAGGAAAUCAUUUAAGUUUUUUUUUUUUUUCCUUAAAUUUUGAACAAAAAUAAUUUUUCUACCAUGCCUGAUGCAGUCCAAGCAUUAAUAUUUCUGUAAAUCUUUGGUUGAUUACUCACUUUAUUUUUGAGGAUGCACUUUCAUUUUUUUGCUACACUUCGCACUUUGAUUUAUUUAUUUGUUUUUGUAUUUGAGAUUGACAUAUAAGUCAAUACAUAUAAUUUUGUAUUCAAAAAAUACUUGACUUACCUCCAAAAUUCCUUUAUAGUUUACAGUUCUGUUGAACAGUUCAGGGGAUGCACUUUUUUGGUCAAAUGAAGUUCUGCCUUUUGCUCUGUUAUUGUUAUUUAUAGCAAAUGACCACAUAUUUUUGUGAUGACAUGGAAAAAAUAAACAUUUGAAGGUCCAAAAACUUUUGUUUGUUGUUCUAGAUAGGCCAGAGCAACAAAAAUAUCAGUUUUCAAUCGCUGCAUCCUGCACAAACUGCAGAUUAUAUGAGGAUUAUAAUAAAUAUUAAAAUAUGAAUUUAUCGGUUAUCGGUAUAGGUUGAAAUUUUUCAUAUCGUGCAUCACUAAUUGUUGUUGUUAAAUUAAAUUGCGGCCUUGAUCAUGGGGGGCGCUGUUUGGCCUGUCCAGCGCCUGGCCCUUUAAACCUCACAAACGGUUUGUGUCAAAUUUGACCUGUUUUGACUUUUAACAGCAGUAAAAAUGAAGCAUAGCGUUAGUUCUGUCAGGACACAACGUCAAGCGCUGAUCCGCAGCCAAUGGCAAGUAUUCACCUCAACCAGAUGAUAAUCAGCUGAUUCACUCCUAGCUCCUAUUGGUUCUUUGCCUACAGAGCGCCUUAUUUAAAACUGCACUAACCCCGCCUCUUCCUCUGCUCUGACAGCUAAUCAGCAAGCUGCUACAACCGCUCUGCAAGCUAACAAGAACACUCAGAUCUGCGUUUUUUGCUUUUUCCUACCUUGCUCUUCAUCAUGUCGAUGCCCACGACGGAGAUCCACGGCAUAGUAGAGCAGAUAAGGAGAUAAUCGUUCACUUUGUUAUACAAGCAUGAAAUUUGGUACAUACACUCUUCAAACCCCACUCUUUUCAAGAAUAACGUUAGCCACGCAAAAUUCCAAGAUGGCGGCCUCAAAAUCCAAGAUGUCCGCCCAAUAAUGUGGUUUUUCCUUUAUAACUCAAAAUGCCUUGAUUUUAAGCCCCAUAAAUAUAUUGAAAUUGAAUAUAAAGUUGGGUAUUGCAGACAUUUUGGUACCUAGUACAUCUCUGUAUCUAUUACGGUUCUUGAGAUACAGCAUAUAGAUACUUGUACAAAAUUGGGAGAGUAAGAAAUUUGUAACACAGAUUGUUGUUACAUGCAUAUGGUUAUAUGAAAAUAUCAUUCAUUAGGGUUAUAACAUGAAAUUUGAAAACCGAGAUGGUGUCCAAGAUGGCUGCCGUUGCCUUGAAGUAAUCCGAUCUUCGUGACUAUGAAACAAUAACUUUUGGCGUGCACAUAUUUUUGGUCUAUGCAUCCAAUGGGGCCAUUGCAGUACAGAAUUUAGAUUUUAGUAUGGGAAUGCCAUCAUCAAGGGUGAUAGUGGUGCCAUCGGGCUUACUGAAGACCCAUCCGCACUUACGAGAUGGAUGGUAGCUGGUCCUGAGGUCAGUUGUUUGGUGUCCCAAUAUGAAAUGGAUGCACAAACCAAAGAGCCCAGUGAGCACAGAAGCCAACAUGAGCAAACUUCACAGGCACAGAAAACCUUCAAGAGGAGGGUUGAUAAAUUGUCCCAAACUCUAAAAGACCUCGGCAACCCAUUCCAGGAAGACAGUAAAGACCUGUAUUCGCUUGACACCAAAGAUAUUGCUCACCCUGACAGAGCAGAACUUCUGCAGUCUCACUUGCAGAGAGGUCAGGCAAAAUUUCUGGAGUUUUCACAGGCCCUGGAAAACAAUCCGUCCUUUUUCUAUGAGCCAAUCAAGAAGAACAAGUCUGAUUUCUUCAGACAGGACUCUUCUUCUGCUGAACCCUCAAAGCAGAAACUUCUCAAGGAGGACUGUCAGCUGUUCUCAAAGCUUUUCAUCUCUUGUCAGAGCCGAGAGUGUGACCUCCAGGAGUUCUUUCAGCAUGAGAACCAGUCCUUCCCUGUUGCAUUGAGCAAGGGUGGAAAAUUGAACACUUGCCAGAAGUCUCAGCUGACCUCUAUCCUUGAGAAUUAUGCCGCACCAGUUGACAAGGAACCUGAGGCAGACGUUCUCAUUGUAGAUGGGUCAGCUUUGGACCACGCCCUGCCACCAAAAAGAUCCAGGACUUUUGAGGACUAUGCAGCUCUCGACUUCUUACCUGUGAUCUACAUGUACUCCAACAAGUACACAAUGACACAUCUAGUCUUUGAUGUGUACAAUACAUCAAGCCUUAAAGCUGAGACCAGGUCCAAACGUGGCCAGGGGGGAAGACGCAAGGUAUCAAAUAAGAACGCCAUGCCAUCUAACUGGCAUAACUUCCUGAGGCAAAAUGAAAACAAAACAGAGUUGUACCACUUUCUUGCCGACAAGGUUGCACAAAUGUUUGCCCCAAAUACCAUCAUUGUCACAAAGGGACCUGCUGUCCUCAGCACUCAUGCAACUUGUCUUGAUGGACUGGAUAGGUGCUCUCACGAGGAAGCGGACAGCCACAUCUUUGUGCACGCAAAACAUGCUACUGACCAUGGUAGCCAAUCCCUCACGAUCAAGGCAAAUGACACAGAUGUUCUGAUCUUAGCACUAAGUGUAUUUGGCGGUCUCCAAGAGGCUGGUUUACAGCAUAUGUGGCUUGCAUUUGGGCAAGGUCAGACUCUGCGCUGGAUCAGUGUGCAUGACAUAUUUCAGCAUGUUGGCCAGGAGAAGGUCAAAGGCAUGCUCUUCUUCCAUGCCCAUCUUCCAUCUUCCAUUCCCUUCCGCAACAAAGGCAAGAAAACAGCUUGGCAGACAUGGGACAUAUGUCCAGAAGCCUUGCCUGUAUUUGCCAAACUGGGUAUUCACCCUCCCACAGAAGAGGACUGUGACAUAGAGGUGCUUGAGAAGUUUGUCAUUCUCAUGUAUGACAGAUCCAGCACAGCUACUACUGUGGAUGAGGCAAGGCUUGACUUGUUUGCCAGAAAGCAGAGGCCCUAUGAGUCUAUCCCAUCAACCAGAGCAGCUCUACUACAACACACCAGGCAUGCCGCCUAUCAGGCUGGUUGUGUGUGGGCCCAGGCAACCCAGUGUCAGCCAGAAGCAAAGGACCCUGCGGACUGGGGAUGGAAAAAGGUUGGUGAGGAAUGGCAGGUCUUCUGGACAGCCAACUCUCCAAUAGCCAAGUCAUGUGAACAGCUCACCAAAUGUGGCUGUAAAUCUGGCUGUUGUGGCAGGUGCAAGUGCUACAAAUUGGGUCUCAUGUGUACAGCUCUGUGCAGUUGCAACUGUGAGGUGUAACAACUUCUGAAUUUUAGUAUAGUGUUAGGUAUGGGUAUAAGGUUUUCAAAAAACACUGCAAACGAGUUGAGUGCAUUCCCUAGUGAUCGGUUUGCACGGUAUCCAAUAGUUUAGUAUAUGGUUGAAACCCAAGUGAUAGAAGAGAUUUUAUUUAAAAAGCAAAAAAAUAAAAAUAGAAAAAAAAAAAAUAGAAAAAAAAGCCAAAAAAAAAAAAAGGGGGAGAAGAAGACAACCUCCACGUGGCCUCCCCCGCAAGUAGCCAGAGAGUAUUUGCCCUUGAAGCGAAACAAAUGUCUUCGAAAUGUCCAGCAACCACCCCAUCCACCCAUACUAAAAUCUAAAUUCUGUACUGCAAUGGCCCCAUUGGAUGCAUAGACCAAAAAUAUGUGCACGCCAAAAGUUAUUGUUUCAUAGUCACGAAGAUCGGAUUACUUCAAGGCAAUGGCAGCCAUCUUGGACACCAUCUUGGUUUUCAAAUUUCAUGUUAUAACCCUAAUGAAAAUAACAGAUAAUGAAAAUGAUAUUUUCAUAUAACCAAAUGCAUGUAACAACAAUCUGUGUUACAAAUUUCUUACUCUCCCAAUUUUGUACAAGUAUCUAUAUGCUGUAUCUCAAGAACCGUAAUAGAUACAGAGAUGUACUAGGUACCAAAAUGUCCGCAAUACCCAACUUUAUAUUCAAUUUCAAUAUAUUUAUGGGGCUUAAAAUCAAGGCAUUUUGAGUUAUAAAGGAAAAACACAUUAUUGGGCGGACAUCUUGGAUUUUGAGGCCGCCAUCUUGGAAUUUUGCGUGGCUAACGUUAUUUUUGAAAAGAGUGGGGUUUGAAGAGUAUAUGUACCAAAUUUCAUGCUUGUAUAACAAAGUGAAUGAUUCGGGCUAUUUUGUGCAUUUGUCUGCUCUACUAGCAUGGAUGAAGGCUUUUCAGAAACGUAACAUCAGUGCUGCGAAAUCGAGGACGACAGUACUUACAACGACAGCUGCAUUCCCUUCAGUAGGAGCUCUCCUCUGGAAAGUAAAACUUCCAUUUCUCCCAGUUUCAAUGAACGGCCGGAGUCCGGGCUCCUGGAAGUCCUUUAAAAUAACAUCACAGCUCCAGAUGGUGCCUCACAUCAAGAGUUUUUACCUCGUUUAUGGAAAAUAUCCACAUAGAUCCUCCACUCGCAGUUCUCUGUUCCUCCUCUGUAUCCAGAAAAGCGACCGAGAAAAGAAAACACUUUUCCCGCCGUUUGACCGCCGCCGCCCGCAGAGCGCGAGGCCCAACCCCAGCUAUCAGACCCGCGAACCUGGACGACAAUCCCAUCCUGAGAGUACUAUCCAGCAUCCAGCCAUCGCUCACCCACAUGUCUUCAAGGUUCGAAGCCUCAGAAUCCGGUUCGGCCCGUGCUAAGCUGUCUCCCUUCAUCCCACCCGGUACCUGCAUUCACCGCGCUGAACGAUGACGUCACUCCAGCGACAACCGACGACGGCGUCACCAUCCCGCGAAGGACCCUGGGAAGUGCAGUCCCCGUCUCCACCGGCGUCCAAUUCUUCCCUCCCGCGGCUGCAAUUACACCUAAUCCGCGGAGCCGAAUCCUCGCAGGUACAGACAUUAAUCUUGUUGUGCUCUGACUACAAUGAUAGACGCAUUUGUGGAUUGCGGAGACGAGUCUGUGAUGCUUAAAUAUCGUGAUGCUCGGCUGUUUAAAUCUCCGAGGUUAGCUGAAUUCAUGUAGCUUUCGGCGUAUUUGGAGAUGUCAUAUGUGAAGUGUUUUCAGUACGCAGAACUGAAGUACAUUCAAAGAUUCAACCAAAGACUUGAUCAGUCUCUAGUCGACUUGGCUCUAAUCAAUAGACAUUUCACCGAGCAUCAAGCUUUUUCCCGCUCAAUCUGCGGGUCUUUCUCUCACCCGGAAGUGACAGUAAGCCAUUACGCAGCAGUACGCCAUUUCGGGAAGACAUAAUCAGCACUUUAAAAGUUUUCACCCCUGUCAUUAGUGAUGGCGAGAUGAAGCCUCAUGAAGCAUCGAAGCUUUCCAUCCAAUUACUCGCCUCCUGGGCCGAAGCUUCAUGAUCGUGCUUCAUUUGCUCUAUUGCGCCAUCAAGUGGACAAUAAAUGUAAAACAGGCAGAGUGAUAAACUAAAGACACCCUGAGGCUUUGGUGCGCGAAGCUUUGAAUUCAAUGAAUGAAGGGAUGUGAUGCCGUGUGUUUGUGAUACAAUACAGAAACGAUGAACUUAUUAAUAUGGUGUUUGUCUUUAAGACACAGUUGCAGUGUUAAAAAGGGAAAGAGGACAUAAAUUAUGGAGAGGGUUGUGGUGUGGAUGUGCUAGUGUUACUUAGUUUGUUACGGGGACAACAUAUAAAACAUAAACAUUUCAUUUACAUUUAUUUAUUUUUAUUUAAAAACAACUUUUCAACAAGUCUCGAGUCUAUGGAUUGCGAGUGGGGGAGGACUCCAUUGCGUUUCGCUGCCUGUUAAAUCAUCCGCCAAACCCGUGAACCGUUUCUUGAAUCAGUCACGUGGUAAAGCCGGGUAGCGAGGCUUCAGACGUCAUCAUUUUUGGCUCCACCCCUAGAUGAAGCAAGCCUCGAAACGCGCUUCGCGGAAACGCCCCCUUCAUUACUCGACACACGCUUCGAAGCCUCGGCACUGAAGGACACAUCACUACCUGUCAUGUAUCUAGGCUUAGUGUGUUGCCGCACAUCACUCUGCGGCAGUCUUAACUUUUAAAGAGUCAGCUGCUUCAAUCUUGAUGGAGAAAUAAGACAAAAUGCUGAGAAAAAAAAAGAUUUUAUGUCCAAGAGAGAGAGAUACAGCAGAUGAUGAUACUGUGGCAUCGGAGUCAGCACCUCGCUUAACUUGGGUGUGCUCCUCUUGUACAAAGUCUACGGGUACAGUACCUGGAGGAACCUUAUCCUACCUUGUCCACCCCUGCCCACACCUCUAACUGGUGCCCUAAAACCGUGGCUACAGGCCAACCACCCAAGCCUCUCUAAGCCUACUACUCGGAGAAGCCAAGUUACUUCAGGGACCCGCCUGGUAAAACGGGAAAGAACAAAGCUGUCUUCUCUGUCAAAUGUCCCUGAGCUGGGGAAGACACUGGCAAAGCAUCCCAACGGCUGUUAGUGAAGUCAUUCAUUCAGACUGCGUAAGUCUGAGUGCAGCCUUGUAAACCUUAGUGCUCUCUGUUGACAGCUACUUGAGAGCUGGUUAAGCAAAAUCAGCAUUAAAGUUUAUACGAUUCUGCAUGGUCUCACUUUACCUCUUUUGUACCACCUUCUCUGUAGCCCCAACACCCUAAAUAUAUCCAUUGUAUGUGCUUUAAUAGUCCACAGUUUUGAAUCUCGCACCUUUUUUUUUUUUUAUAUUUCCAAAACUAACUCUGUCUUUGUUCUUUAUCCUCCAUGUCCCGCUGCCUGAGAGGCCGGCCAGCAAGAGUCUCUCUUUGCCACUGAAGAAGGGAAACCUAUAUCCAGAUCAUGGUUUCUGCUCACCUCUGCCUGCUCUGCCAAUCCUGCCGGCUCCUACCUGAGUACAACUCUACGCAUUCACCACGCAUAGGCGCAGCUACAACUGCACCUUCCAUUGUCCCCGUCUCAACGCUCAAGGCUACGGGUCGAUGGUCCUGAUCAGCCUUUGAAUGAUACCAAAAAAAAUGCUGCUGCUCCUUAAUUCUGUCCCAUAUCUAUUGUAUUAAGCAUAUUCCCAAUUAUAAACGUGUGUAUGGAUUAAAUUAAUCCUGAUCCAUGAUCAUGUUGUGAGGGUCACCAAUACUAUGCAAGCUUUGUAGGUGGGUAGGUUGCUUGAUAGUUUCUGGUUGCUGGCUGCCCUCCCUCCCCGUAGGUGCCUUCAUGUAGCUCAUGAAAGCCGGGGUUGGGGUUGCCUGAUAUGGUUGUUCUGGGGGACUUAACUUCUUGCCGCUGCUUCCCCUGCCUCGGCUUUAAUGUAGCACGUGAAAGCUGAAAGGGUGUCUGGUAUGGUCGUUUUGGGGGAUCCUAAUGUACCUUAAUUUUAUUUAUCACUGCUGCUUUUUCUGCCUUGGCUUUUCGCAUACGCACAUGAAAGGGAGGGGAGGGCAUUCCCUCUCAUAGCCUUGGGAUUCUGUGCAAGCGCAUGACAGAGCAGGGAACUCUCAGAACAGAGCCAUACUGCCAAUGUUAAAAAUUCUAAUUCUGAUUCUAACUAAAGUAGUCCUGACUGAAAUUAAGCAUGGCCGUAGUUCAGGCAGGACACAAAGGUUACAGUCAAGCUAAAGGUUAGAGUCAGCUGAUCUUAAGCCAGCCCUCAGCUGAUCGCCCUCCACACAUCCUCCAGAUCGCUACACGGCUCAUUCCUUUCACAUAGGUGCAGCUACAACCGCAGCUAUGACCGCUCCCGUGUCCAUCCUCAAAGCCAUGGGUCGAUGGUCGUCAGCCGCGUACGAACGCUAUCUGCGCCCCGAGGCUCGGGACAUUCUAGAAGCCCAAAAACUAUGAGUACCCAUAACUUUGGCACAUAGAUGCUAAUUAAAUGAAAUAUAUACAUAAACACACCGCAGAUAAAUACCCAUGCUUGGGCAACGGGUCUCUCUAACCCGUCUCUCUUUCAGCAGCUCUCACCUCCCCUGCUAGCUCCUAGACUGCACGGCAUGGUUGUUUUGGGGGGGUUCUGUUCAUCGCUGCUCUACCCCCGCCGCCUCCUCCUUCAUGAUGGCUCGUGGAGGGCGGGAAGGGGCUCUUCCUGCCGCUGGCCUUUCACCCCUGCCAACGUGGAGAACGGGGGCCCGAACAGAACCUCGCGUGCGCUCGCUGCUAUCGCCUUUCAGGAUGGCUCGUGAAAGGGCAGGAAGGGGCUCUUCCUGCCUCGGGGUUCCACGCAAGCACGUGGAAGGGCAGGGACCCGGAACAGAAUCAUGCCACCAAAUCUAACUUGCGCAAUAAAGCUAAAAAUUUUGACUGAAAUACCCUCAAUGUCAUUCUUUAGGCCUGAAACUUGAUGACUUUUCCUGAAGUGGCCCAAUUUACAUGAAAUUAACUCAAAAAUAUUCAUGUGUAUUUUUGUAGAUGUGCUUCACAUUUUUCCCCUCUGAGGCUGUUACAGGUCAAAUUUGAUCCGUAUCUAUUUAGAUGGAUUUUAGAUCUACCAGUGUGGGACAAGUGAUGAGCAGUGAGAACAGUGUUCACUAUGAAGUUUGUUGUUCAAUGAAAUAUAUUCAAAUCAUUCUGACUUUGAUAUUCUUUUAUUUCUUACAUAAUAUUACAUGACAUAAUCCUGUGUAAUAGAUGUUCUUUAUGAUAUAUAUAUUUCACCAAAAACGAGUGGUGUUAAAACUGAAAAACUGCUCUUUCCCUGCUCUUUGAAACAUUCAGGACGGACUAAUCAAUAAUGUGUUGAAGUAGCAGAGGUCAUUGAAACAUUAGGAAUAGGUUUGGGGUUAGAACUUUGGUGAAAAUACACUCUACAUGGGCAGUUCUUGGGCUGGGUCAGUUUGGACCGGAAACACACUGAGAAUACAGGAUUUGAACAGUAUGUGAGGGUUAAAUGUUGAGUAUCUUAAGUUUUAAUAGAGUUUAGUUAAAUCUGAUUUUGUUGAGUUGGUUUAUAUUAGACAUGUAAUUAUCUCUGCCAAGGAGGUUAUGUUUUCAGGGAGCGUUGGUUCGUUUGUCUUUUUUCAACUUUACGGAGAAAGUUACAGACGGAUUGACCUGAAAUUUUCACCAGAGGAGCGUCUCAGCCCCAGGAGGAUCCCAUUACAUUUUGGUGGUGAUCCGGAUCGCCUUCUGGAUCCAGGAUUUCUUUGAAGGAUUCUUUAUCAUUGUGAGAUAGGGCAAAUUUUGGAAUUUUUGCAUUUAACUCUAUAAAAAUGUCCAGAGUAUUUAGUAAAAAAUGACACAAAAGGAUCUCAAUGAGUUUUAUGAGGUGUCAAAGGUUGAUCCUGAUCCGGACAAAAUUCUGGAUACUGUGAUCCAGAACACACAAAAAUAAGGGUGUGGUUGGAAUUUUCAAUGCUGAAAGAUAACCAAUGGGCGGUACAGUGGUGUAGUGGUUAGCACUGUCGCCUCACAGCCAGAAGGUCCUGGGUUUGAAUCCGGGUCAGGGUAUUUCUUGUUUUAGGAACAUUCUGAACAGUGAACAUACCAGUUUAAACACAGAUAAACGUUAAUAAAAGACACGGAACAGUCAAAGUUUUGGUGUGAAUCACAGUAUAAGGGGGACAUGAGCUGCUGGGCGGAGGUCUGCGCUCUCCGAGUGAUUUUCCAGUUGUAUUUGGAUUUCUGUUGGUUGUUCUUCUUGCUUUAUUGUUGCUGUGUGUGUUUUGUGUUAAACUAACGUUAAACUCAUGAACUGCAUGAAGCUCUGUGGCCUGUUUUAAUUUUCCCUUUUCUUUUGGAUAGGUGCUGCAGGCCCAAGCUGGUGACCCAGAACCCUGGUGGUGGGUUGUCCUCACAGAUCCCCCGUGUGUGUGCGUGGUGUUUUCAUUCGUUCUUCCUCCCAUGUGGUUUUUUUGGGGGGGUUUUCUUGGGCCGCCACGGUAAGCUCCACCCCUAUCCUAGGGUUUCCUUUGUUUGUCCUUUUUUUAGUGGUUUGGGACUUUUGAAGUUCUUGAUCGUUUGUUAAAUUAAGACUUUUAUAACUAUUUCGGACAAACCCUCUCUCGCCCUGAGGUAAUUUCAAACCUUGUGUGUCUUCACCUGACGACAAUUAUUUCACUAGUUCCUGGGGCGUGACUCCUCAGGUGGCAACAUUUCCUCUCUAAAGUGUCUGACUGUUGUGUCUGAAUCUUGGUCUCAUGGAUUCAUGGAUUCUCUGUCAGUAUUGAUUAAAGGCAGAUAUUGAUCAGUUACAAGUUCAUCAAUCACAGACCUUCAGGUGGACCUCAGCUGGACCUGACUUUCUAAAGCUGUGAGGAGGUUUCCAGGUCCCACGUUCAACAACAAAAACACCCCCACCCCCCCUCUCUUUCUGUGGUUACAGACCCUCCGUCCAGUCCCAUCGUCUACCCCAAAGACCAGCUGGAGCUCGGGGAGAAGAACUCCCUCGUCUGUCAUGUGACCGGCUUCUACCCGCCUCCUGUGACCUUCUUCUGGAGUAAGAACGGAGAGAACGUGACUGAAGGGGUCACCAAGAACGUCCCCCUCCUGAACACAGACGACGGAACCUUCAGCCAGUUCUCCAAACUGGAGGUCACCACCCAGGAAGGAGACGUCUACAGCUGCUCUGUGGACCACCUGACCCUGGAGAAACCGCAGACCAGGAUGUGGGGUGAGAGCAGAACUCCUUCAUAGACAGAGAGAAAGUGUGUGUAUAUCUCAGUGUGUAUAUCUCAGUGUGUAUAUCUCAGUGUGUAUAUCUCAGUGUGUGUAUAUCUCAGUGUGUAUAUCUCAGUGUGUAUAUCUCAGUGUGUAUAUCUCAGUGUGUGUGUGUGUGUAUAUCUCAGUGUGUAUAUCUCAGUGUGUAUAUCUCAGUGUGUAUAUCUCAGUGUGUAUAUCUCAGUGUGUGUAUCUCAGUGUGUAUAUCUCAGUGUGUAUAUCUCAGAGUGUGUGUGUGUUGUGUGUCUGCAGAGGUGAAGACGGUCCAGCCCGGUGUCGGUCCUGCUGUGUUCUGUGGACUCGGUCUGACUGUCGGCCUGCUCGGUGUUGCUGUUGGAACCUUCUUCCUCAUUAAAGGAAACGAGUGCAGCUGA